AUGAGCUACCCACCACCAAAUUCCGGUCAAUACCCGCAAUAUAUUCCCCCUCCACCGUAUCAGCCCGGCCAUGCUUCCCCGCCGCAGUUGCUCUAUAACAAUGUUGCUACCCCUUCGCCUUCGCCAUAUAAUGGCUAUGGCAAGCCGGCUCUAUACCCUUCAGCCAUGAUGCCUCCGUAUUCUACAUAUACCCAGUAUACCCAACAGCCUCAGCAGCAAGUUUCUAUGCAGCAACACCAGUCGCUACCUCUCAUUCACCCGCACCAGCAACUGCCACUUCAAUCACAGCCUCUUGUUCAGAGACAGCAGCAGCAACCGCCACAGCAAUCUCCUCGCUCUAGGCCAUUACAGCAGCAACAGUCCCCCCUCCUUCCCCACCAGCACUCUCCUCUUCUUCAACAACAACCCCAGCAUCAACCAUCUCCUCUUAUUGCUCAUCAGCAAUCUCCACUUCAACAUCAACAAUCUCCUCUCCUACAACAUCAACAUCAACAGUUCCAAACAUCAAGUUUCAUGAGCCAGCAACAACAACAACCUAUUAUGUAUCAGCAGCAGCAAUCGCGUGGGCAGCAGCAACACCAAACGCCUCUUUCACAACCGCAACAACAGCAACAGCAAUCUCCUCGUACUCAACCACGACAACAGUCUCCUACCCAAAUAUCCCAACCGAGCCAAAGUAUAUCAGCGCAGCCAUCUCCAUCUCCACCUCCACCUCCACCUCCUCCGCCGCCAGCUGAGCCUCAACAUCAAUUUAUCAACCCAGCUGAACUUUUUGUUCAACAACCACUUCCAACUGCCCCGCGAUCUCGCUACUCCACAUUAUCGCAAUAUACCGAUUCAAUUCUGGAAUCAGCUCCGAUCGUGAAUAGCUUACCUCCAGUCUCACCAAUCUUAUCAAAAGCUCAUAUGUCUAUCUCGCAAGCACCGCCUGUACUGCAAGCACCACCCGCACAAAUAAUUGCCCCGGCCAGUCCCCAAAAACGGCCCCAGAUUAUCCAAGUCCAGCCAAUAUUAAACGCUCAUCCACCGCAGCCGCAGCCACAGCCGAAGCCAAAGCAACAGAAGCAAUCAAAGCAGCCAAAGCAACAAAAACAACAAAAACAACAGAAGCAACCAGUAAUUAAAGCUGAAGCCACACCAGUUCAGGCUAAACCUCCUUCAAGAACAGAGCUCAAAUACGUUCCGUCUGCUUCUAAGCAACUGCCGACUCUCAAAGCGGUCCCGGCUCCAUUACAAUCAACACCUUCAGUUGCGACACUGGUUCUUCCAGAAGUUCUGGCCUCAGCACCAGCACCACAAAUCAGUAUCAUGUCGCAAACUCCAAAGAAACAAUCAAAAAAACACUCUGUUUCUCAAUCUAUUGAGAAGCCAGGCAAAUCUAGCAAACCACCCGUUGACUACCAGGUUUUGCUGCUAGCAUUGGCGGAUGAAUACCUGAAUGCUGCCCAUAAUCAAGGAACGAAAAUGGCGCUGUUCACUCAGCAGGUAGAUGUUGAAGAAUAUUACAAGUUGAUUGCUACAGGACUUGGAUGCUUGGAGGCUGUUUUGAAGAAUUGGCGAUUGCAACCUCGCAAAGAAGCCCUUGUUAGGCUUCGUUAUGCGCGAACCUUGUUUGAGGAGACAGAAAAUGAUUUUGAGGCUGAGACUGCUUUGAGCAAAGGAAUUGAUCUUUGUGAAAGAAAUCGCAUGCUUGACUUAAAGUACAGUAUGCAACAUCUCCUAGCGCGAAUGCUUUACAAGACAAAUCCGAAGGCCUCUUUAAAAGCUGUCGAUGGCAUGAUCGAAAAUGUCGAGGUAUUUCGCCAUGCAGCCUGGGAAUAUGCAUUUCGCUUUCUGCGGGUUACCCUGUCGUUGUCGUCUUCUUCGCAUCAAGAUUAUGUUCAAGCCAUGCAACACCUUCACAAGAUCACAGCGAUGGCGAGUCGCAAUGGUGAUAGAGCAGUUGCGGCAAUGGCUGCAAUAAUUGGCGCCCUGGCGCAUUUGCAACAAGGAACAGGCUCCGAUGCUAUUGAGCAAGCCCAGCGUGCAGUGGCUGCAGCACGUAGUCACCAGUUAAAUGACGAGCUUAGUCAAAUUCCUCAGCUUGUCACGCUCAUUCAAAUGGUUGAUAUCUGCUGCAGUCUCUUGGAGUACGAUGUCAAUCAAUCCUCUGAGAAGUUGAAGGUUAUGCAAGCCUUGGUGGACGAAACUUUGAAUGACCAUAACUGGCGUCCCGAUGGUUCGUUCUGUAUUCCUCUCAGUGGGAAGUCUGCUGGGCCGUCAUCCAUGGAUACUGGGGAUAUUCUACAGGUUCAGAACGGAACUCUACUCCUGAGCUUCAAUUGGCUUCCCCAGCACGACCUAUAUGCGCUUUCUUAUUUCCUGAGUUCUAUUACACUGAGUGCAAAGAACUCUUAUGAUGGUCGAAAGGCAGAAAAAUACCUUGACGAGGGACUUCGCAUGAUUCAAGGUAAUACGGCACCCCAGGAGAUCACAGAGUCAAUGAUGAAUGCUACGCGACGUGUUCAAUGGCGUAGAUCCCUUUACUGCAACUUUCUUCUGCAACGUGUUUUCCUGUCUUGUGCCCGGACUGACUGGGAACUGGCUAGUCAAACUCUGACGGAGCUACAGCAAGUCACCCAAGAAAUCGGGCUUAAUCUCCCAAUGCCGAUCCAAUUUCUUAUGAAAUAUGCCACUGGAGUCAUUGCUCAGGCUACAGGAAACUUGGUAGAGGCCUUGGCAAUCUUCCAGUCGCCAUUACUGUCAAUCUCACCCUCGGCCGGCAAAAGCUCUCGCAAUGACCCUUGCCGAGACAUAUGUGUCCUCGCUUUACUCAAUACUGUCCUCAUUAUUCGUAACCCUGCGCAUCCAUGCCACGGUCAGCUCCCUGCUUCUCUGGCAACGCUUGAAACUUUCUGUCAAAAUAGUCAGAAUAAGUACCUUCAAGCCGCGUAUCAUCUAGUCUGUGCUACUGUGUGUACCGAGUCCACUAUACAGACUAAGCAAUACCUUCAACAGGCGCUGCAGUCUGCCACGGCUAUCAGCAAUAGCCAGAUCACUUGCAUGACUCUCACAUUCAUGAGCUGGAAGUACUUUCGUGGUGUUGUGGGCGAACAGGCUGAAAAGAGUGCCCGUGCCGGCCGCGCCAUGGCCAAAAGAGCUAACGACCGUCUCUGGGCCAGUGUCACUGAUGACAUGCUCGCCGAUACUCUUGAGCGCCAGGGUAAAAGUGACGAAGCCCGUGGCGUGCGCGAAGAAGGUCAACGACUUAUCAUGGGUCUUCCAGCUGGUUUGAGACGGGCUUGA